CAAGAGCUAGGGUUUCGUCUCAAGCUCCUCCUCACGGUUGCUAGCUAGCUAGAGCGAGAGAAGAGAGGAGAGGGAGCGACUUCAGAGAUUUCAUUACAAGAUGGGGAAGACACGUGGUAUGGGAGCUGGGCGCAAGCUCAAAACUCAUCGAAGGAGGCAGAAGUGGGCUGACAAAUCUUACAAGAAGAGCCAUCUUGGCAACGAGUGGAAGAAGCCUUUCGCAGGUUCUUCUCAUGCCAAGGGUAUUGUUCUAGAGAAGAUAGGCAUUGAGGCCAAACAGCCAAACUCCGCUAUCCGAAAGUGUGCAAGAGUUCAGCUUAUUAAGAACGGAAAGAAGAUUGCAGCAUUCGUUCCCAACGAUGGUUGUCUGAAUUACAUCGAGGAAAAUGACGAGGUGUUGAUUGCUGGGUUCGGUAGGAAGGGGCAUGCAGUGGGAGAUAUUCCUGGGGUGCGUUUUAAGGUGGUCAAAGUCUCUGGGGUCUCGCUGUUGGCCCUUUUUAAGGAGAAGAAAGAGAAGCCUAGGUCAUGAGUACCUUGUUUUUGUUUCCUCUGUAUCUUUUAUUUUGUUGUAGGGUGCAUUUGCGAGGCAGUUCACCUCCCCCCUCUAUUUUUGGCGUUUGCAAGAGUACGGGUAAGAUUGAUAAGAUAAGCUUAACAUUGGUCGAAUUUUGGUCUUGUUCACAUAUUUUAAGUUUAUGCUUUGAUUAUAGGCAGCUGCUUUUAUUUUU